CAGAUCGUCUGCUUGGUGUUUAUCUGCAUGCGUGUUUCUCAACUCUCUCUGCACACACUUCUAAACGUCCAGCUCUGAGCCGUGUGCAUGGAGCAGUGUAUUAUGUGCUUGACAUGUCCUGCACACGUUCCUCGCAAUAUUAGAGUAUCCCGUGGAAUGCAUUUCUGACUUGGAUUUCAUGAUUUGAUUCCCCUCCCUGAAGUCUCUAAUAUACAUUCCUUGUUCAUUUCGUGACUGGGAAUAUAACUCGGAAAGGUGCAUUUUGUAAUCUCAGACCAUGGAACGCACAGUGUUGCUUCGUAUCUCCCCAUAGCAGGAUUUUGUGCCGACAGGGUUGUUUAUUGCUUGCGUUUGCCGAGGAGCAGUGUCGUCGUGCGGGGACAACACGUUGGACAGCCCGCCUUCUUGUUCUGGUGGUUACCCGCGACGUCUGUAGGGGAAUUACCAAAACAAUAAAAUUCCUCCAACCGACAUUGUGCUUUUUGAGUGAUAGUUCUGCCCAUUUCUCUUUCUUGGCUGGACCCUUUUUGAGUAAGGAAUAAUGAGGCGUACAAGGGGACUUUUUAUGGGACGGAGAGUGUUGUUCAUUACUGUGAUAUUCUGCUUAUCGGCUGGACUAUCCUGGCUGGGGAAUAACUUUAAACCAGGUGAAGCCGAGCAAAACCUUGACAUAGGAGAGGUAAAUAGUCCCGUCCAUGACAGCGGAGUGAUCCUGCGUCGGUUAGCGUCGACGUACAGCUUAGUGGGUGAAGACGAGACGAUAGACGGUGCUAACAUCACCUCGAACAACACCGAGAAAGAGAAUUGCACAGCUCCGACUAUUCAUGAGUUUCCGGGUGACAUCUUCUCAAAUGAGCAACGCGCAAAGGGUGCUGUGGUUCUUCACUUUUUGUGUGUGAUCUACAUGUUCGUUGCUCUGGCUAUAGUUUGUGAUGACUUUUUUGUUUCUUCACUCGAAAAGAUCUGUGAGCGUCUGGGUUUCUCCCAUGAUGUUGCGGGAGCCACAUUCAUGGCAGCAGGCAGCUCGGCUCCAGAGCUCUUCACAUCCAUUAUCGGUGUUUUCAUUGCCAAGGGAGACGUGGGAGUAGGGACUAUAGUUGGAUCGGCAGUCUUCAAUAUCCUGGUCAUUAUAGGCCUAUGCGGUUUAUUUGCUGGACAGGUUGUACCGCUAACAUGGUGGCCGAUGGCAAGAGACACUGUGGUCUAUUCUAUUUCAGUACUAACACUGAUGUGUGUAAUCUAUGACGGAAAAGUCACAUGGUAUGAAGCUUUACUGAUGUUGUCAAUGUAUGCUGGUUAUAUCUUCCUAAUGUGGUUGAAUCCAAAGAUCUAUCGAAACAUUAGCCGGAAGCAAGACAAGAGGAAGGCCAAGAAAAUCGCCAAGAGACUUGAGAAAUGCAACAACAGAAGCUCUAUCCAGCUUGAACAGGUUACUCCGCUGAAAACGGACAAGGAAGAUACUGCCAAUGGUGAUACACAGACAUCUCAAUCAGCAGAAGACGGGUCACCAAAGAGAUUAACGUUCCCUGAUGCUGGGCUUAGAUUGAUGUUGACCAAGCAGUUUCCCGCUCGGACCCGUAUGAGGACAGCAUGCUGGCUCGUCAUAACAGAGCAAAAGCACUUGCAGGAGCAGCAGAAAGAGGCUGAAUUUGCCGCAUUCAAAAAAGGUACUCCCGCUAACUCCAAUGGAGCCCUGGGUCAACCACAUUUAUCGGACAAAUCAGAAAGUAUUCAGUGUGAAGAUCCAGACGAGGAAAUCAAAGUGAUGGAAGUGGAUGCCCCAGAUGGACUUUGUUCCGUCCCUGAUGGUGUGUUACCUGUGAUAAGAUGGUUGGUUUGCUUGCCUCUGUCUACAUUACUAUUCUUCACAAUUCCUGACUGCCGAAGGAAAAGAUUUGAACACUGGUAUAUGGUGACGUUCUUCAUGUCCAUUGUGUGGAUUGCAUUGUUCUCGUAUGUCAUGGUGUGGAUGGUGGCGCUAAUUGGGUUCACACUGCGCAUUCCCGACACUGUGAUGGGUAUUGCGUUUCUGGCUGCCGGAACAAGUGUGCCCGAUGCCAUGGCUAGUCUUAUAGUAGCAAGACAAGGUCUAGGAGAUAUGGCAGUGUCCAACAGCAUUGGCAGCAAUGUCUUUGAUGUCUUACUUGGACUUGCCCUUCCGUGGUUUAUCAAGACAACAUUUGUCGAUUAUGGAUCAGUGGUGAAAAUUAACAGCCGUGGUCUUCUGUACUCUGUAGUCUUUCUCUUCGCAACGGUUGCACUCACUGUCAGUACAAUACAUUUCCACAAGUGGAGGUUAACAAAGCGCCUUGGAGUGAUUCUAUUUUGUUUCUAUGCCGUCUUCCUCACUCUCUCCAUCUUGGUAGAGCUCAACAUCUUUGGGUAUGUCAAUCCCCCAGUGUGCGGACUCUGAAAACACUUGGUUGCUGAACUCUCCGAUCCUACAGCAACAAGUUUGAGAUUACCUGGCUUCUUGAGUUAAAACAUAUGGGUGGCCGAUCCAGGGCGGCUGUUGCCUCCUACCCCAGCUUUGGAAAGGUAGCCUCCCACUUUCUACCAAGAUAUCUAAUCGUUUUACUUAACAAAAUGAUUAAAGACUAGCAAUGCUCAUGGCACAUGGAUGUGAUUAAAUAUAAAUUUCCCGCCCCUAACUUUUAAGUGUGCUCCACCACUGCUGUAUAAAUAGUUUCUGCUUUGAAUGAUUUACCUACAACUAAUUGUUUCACAUGGUAGUGUUACAAGGUUUCAUACCCCAUGCCAGGAUUUCUGCCCCUCUUAAAUUUAUGUUCCUCUUGAACGAUGCAUCAUUAUAGACAGUGGACACUAUUGGUAAUUGUUAAAGACCAGUCUUCUCACUUGGUGUAUCUCAACAUAUGCAUAAAAUAACAAACCUGUGAAAAUUUGAGCUCAAUUGGUUGUGGAGUUGCGAUAUAACUGUGAAAGACACAAACACCCUUGUCACACGAAGUUGUGUGCUUUCGGAUGCUUGAUUUCGAGACCUCAAAUUCUAA